AUGCUGCCGGUGGGUGCCUCUCCGCCCUUCCCGUCGCCACAGGCCUCAGACGCCGUCUCGCGCCUGCAGCUGCUGCUCACGAACUUCUCGAGCCACCUCUACGACGUGGUGCAGCAAGUACCUGAGCUCGCGCCGCCGCAACCUGUGGGGCCUGCGCCGCCCGCGGCCUCAGCAGGCGAGGAAGAAGCGGAGAAAAAGACUCAACUCGAAUGCUUUCUGCUGCGCUCUGCAAACAACGUCGCGACCAUCAUGCACGCGAUUGAGGCUGAAAUCGAGAACUUGCCAUCGUCGCUCCGCAAGCGGGAGGAAACGCAGGCGAGAAUCGCUUUUUUAGAGAAAGAGAACCGGAGGGCGGCAGUCGAACUGGAGGCCCUCGCCGCUCAAACUGAAGGGAUCCGACAGUCUCUGCGACAGGCGCUUCGGCAAUCCCUGACGGAAAAUACGCACAUUGUCAUUGAUGAGUGA